GCUACAUACAUGAAAUGUGUUUGACCAGAGAUGAAUGGGUAUCUGAUAAAACUGAAACGACAAACUUUGCCAAUACUCACACGAGUACACACGAGUAGGGCCAUUUGUUCUGUAAAGGAGAGGAAGUGAUUUGGGACUGUUUAAUGGCUUUGACACUAAGAGACAUAAAUCUUAACUAGAGGAAUAGAAAUGUGUCCACUAUAUGCUGACUAUGUGGACAAAGUGUCCCGAGACGCCCACUGGAGACUGAUUUUGAGAAGCGGUGGUCAUGGGGAGAGCUGGCAGCUUUGGAGAGGAUUCUUGCUUUUUGAUCAGCAGCCCCAGCACGCCUAAGGGACGGGCGGAGGGACCUGAAAAACCAGUUGCCUGACAUUAUUACUUUCAGCGAGAAGCAACGUGGAGCCUCCUCCUCCUCCUCCUCCACACUCUCCUCCCCUUCUUCACAUAAACACUGUGAUUCACAGAGAAACCACACACACACUCUCUCUCUCACACACACACACAGAUAUCCAUGAUUGUUUCUGAACUCUCUCUCUCUCAGUACAUCUGACCUGUAUGCUUGUACCUGUGCCGCCGCCACUUUAGCUACAUUUGGGAUUUAUUCUCCCUCCGGGAGUUGCUCACGCGGCUCUUCGACUCCCUGGUGUCUCCCUCCCCAGGCCUGCUGCGAUUCUGGACUAUGCCCCCCUCAGUCAGCUGAGGGAGGGGGCUCUUGCACUGCUCAGGCUCUCAUCCGGAGAAGGCUUGGGCUGAAAUCAAAGAGGAGACGAUCGGGUUAUUCCUGAAGAUGCAAGCUUCAACCGUCUCACCAGUGACCAACACUACCGUAACUUCGAACACAACCGCUGUCACCAAGUCCAAAGAACAAAUACUCAUUCAAAGUUCUGGGGCUAUGAUUGCUGUCAUUGUCAUUGGCAUUAUUAUCAUUCUCGCCAUUUUACUCAUCAUUCUGAAGACGUACAACAGGCGGACACGUGAAUCCAGACUCCUGGGAACCAGUAGAAGCUCAAAACCUCGUCCGAAGAUGUCCCAAUCCACAGUUCAAAGCAACUUGCCGCUGACGCCCAUGGGAAUCAGCUCUGUGUCAGGCAGCAUCACCAACUCAAACCCGGCCUCAGAGAGCAGCUUCCGGCUGCCCAGAGCAGAGCUCACCAGUGCGGAGGGGAAUCAAGUUGAGCAGUUCAGCACCAACAGCGAGUCCACCGUGGUCACCAUACAUGAAAAUCCAUCAAUAGAAAACACAUAGCAUCAAGACUGCGGUUUAGUCUCAAAACAGGCACUGACUGAUGUGUUGUUGCAUAUUGUGCUGACUGAAUCCUGUGGAAACUCAAUCUGUGACCUUGUCACUGUUAAAUCUCCACCAACUGGGCCACUGCUAGAGACUACAAGGAUAUCACGAGGUCUUUUGGGUGUACAAUUCAAAGAUGAUCAAAGCAGCACUGGAAACAGACACAAGGGAUAUGAAGGAUCUGAAAACGGAAACUUCCUUUUGAAGAACUUUGGCUAAACUCAGUGUUCAGAGAAUAGUCAUUGCUGUUUGUGCUCUUUAUUAGCAUUACUGCAAAUGAAGUAAUGAAGUAAUGUGUAGUGUAGACUGCUAUGGGCCUAUGGCUGUAUAAUGCUGGUCUCAGCGAUGCACAUUUCUGUUUUCAAGAGGUUUUUGAAUAAACGUAGAAUUCAUCUAAUUGAAGGCAUGGAAGAUGAUAACUCUUUUUGUAGUUGUGUAAUGGACACCCUUUAUGACUGAGGAAAUAUGUUAAUGUUCCAGAUUUAUUUUGAGUUCUAUUCCUAACUGAUCUGGUUAACUUUACAUCAUUCUGUACUUGUGAGAAGUCGCACAUUCAUUUUGUGUUUUUAAAAAUCUCUAAAAUAUAUAUCAUUACGUCCAUUUUUCUUUCUUUCUUUCUUUCUUUCUUACUUUUUUUUUUUACCACGCAGAAUGAAGAGACCUAUGUAAAACAACCUGUCAGCCUUACUUCCUGAUGUGAAUCAUUUUUAAUUUGACACUAAAGUAUUUUGCACUUUAUUCUCUUUGGUCCCUGUAUUUGUAUUGUUUGUAGAUGUUCACUAAAUGAAAUGAAGUGAAAAUAAAAACUAAUAUUUCUAGUA